AUGUAUGUGAAAUGGUUUGAUACAGUAAUGUUUUACUAUGUGAUUUUAGUGAUUUUUAGUGAAUGUCACUUUUUGUCAUUUUUGAAUUUCCCGCCGUUCCGUCCCCCGUACGUCCCGACGCUCACAGGGGAUGGAACCCAGAUGACAGAUGCCGGCAUCCGCCGGAUUACAUUGUCGGGGACACUGCAGGAGGGACAUCGUGGGAGCGCAGGACAAGGUAAGUGAUACAGGGAUCGUGGAGCAGCGCCGCAUGGUAUUCCCGAGUGUAGCUCGGGGUUACCGCUUUUGCUACACUCGGGAAUACCGCCAGGGAGGUUA